CCUUCAAAAGUAUUAGCUAUAUAUCAAAUUCGAGCUAAAAUUUAUCAAGAUGAAACAAAUGCUAAUAUAGACUAUGCCCGGGAAUGUUUUUAUUCUAAUAGUAUAUUAAAUAAUCAGCUAGAUAAAAUGGAAAUAGAGAACUUUGAAGAGGCACAAGAUGACAAAAGAAAUAUGUUAAUAGAAAAUGAUAUUGAAUUAGAAGAAGAAUGGCAUAAAAUCAUUCAACAUUGGAUUGAAUUUUUGUUAACUAUUUUUGUAGAAAAUCUUGAUGAUAAUAUUUGCCAACAAGUUAAUAAUUUAGAACAUCCCACAGAAGAUAACUCAGCUAAAUGGAAUUUAUAUGAUUUAUUUGUUUCAGACUUAGAAAUUCUGGAUUAUUUUAAUAUGCUUUAA